AUCGAUUCAGAUCGAAUUCGACUCUGCGUCGUGUCAGAAUUUUAAUUGGCGGGAAAAUUUUGACUCGCCGGUGUUGAUGAACCGAUCACGUCGACGUCGUGAGAGGUUAAUAAUAUAUUCCUCGCGCCGCUGGUCUAAUUAAUCCUUAUGGGGGAAUACAGUACUUAUUCGCAACUUUGAUGGUGAUUAGAAUAUAGUGACUAUGUGAAACGAUUUUUAGAGAAGUGGGGAGAGGGUGGUCGAUAGUACUUACCUGCAAAACCACCUUGCCCGUAGAACCAACUGGCGGCAGUCACAUGUCGGCUGUCGUCGCGUGAAUUUCGCUUUGAAUUCGUUCUCCCCGUUGUUCUAUUAAUUGUCAUCGAACGUACGAUGUGACAAGUGAAACAAAAGUUGCUGGUGACUCGAACGACUGGUUUACAAAUGCGACGAUCGUGAUACGUGCAUCAAUUAUACCGAACAAGAAUACCGGUUCUCCCAUGCACAACCACCGGGUCUGUCCUCGCGUGACUCGAUGAACGAUCCGGAAUUAAGGAAGCGAUUCCCGAAGAAGAUGGUGAAGGACCGGCGGUGCCCGAGGGACGAGACGUAGGCUGGUAAUGUCCGAGUGCUUCGAGUUCUCGUCAUCUAUGACAGGAUCGACGAACACGGGGCCUCUGCAGCCCCAGAAGGAUUCCCCGGCCCUGCCAGCCCAACUGGCGCCCUUCGAUCUCUGCUCAACCCCUGGGACACCAACGCGACGAGGUCAUCGUCACCGGCACUCUCGAAAGAUGACAUUGACCUCGCCGAACGGGCAACCUAUACAGCUCACUCCCCUCUGGGAGCACGUGGUGCGAACUCGGAAGUUUCCGAGCGAGGUGGACACGCGUCUCACGUUCUUGGAGAUAUCGGAGAGACUGCGUGAUCCAGAAUGGGAGGUGCGUCAGCACGCUGUUCGCGUGCUCAUCGACGUGCUGCCGACUUUGAGUCCUGACGUCGUGGACAAGGUCAUGCAACCAGUGGUACCGGAGUUGGUCAAUAAUUUGGGCCACCCGGCGCCCGCCGUUCGGAAGGGCGCUCUGGACGCGUUCCGUGUUUUUCUCGUGCACAGCCACGACAGGGAGAACACGAUCAAAAGGAUUCUUCAGGAUGGUCUGAGUCGGUCGGAGGUGCGGGAUUCCUUCCAGACGAACGUCACGACGGGCGUGAUCCUGAGCGUGCCGUCGCUGUUGUUCCCCUCGUCGAGCGGGCCGGUGGCCAGCUCGCAGCUGAUCAAGGAGGCGACGAUCGCGCUCGCGUCGCGGCUCGCCCAGGUGCCGCACCAGGAGGCGGUGCUGAAGUCGCUGAUCAAGAUACGGGACGCGGUCGGCGUGGACGCGUUCGAGGGCUACCUGGAGGACUACGACAACAAGCUGAAGAGGAACAUCGAGAUACUGUCGAAGAUCUACAACGUGCGGUCCGGCGGCAAGGCGCGGAGGAGGAUCGCCGAUGGCAAGGGCGUCGAGAGGACGGAGAAGGACGUGGACCGGAAGUGGGAGGAGAGCGACAGCGACACGUCCGGCAUCGUCGAGGAGGAGGACGAGGUGAACGGAGGGGCGAUGCCCGCGGCCAGAGUGGUGCUGGAGACGGAGAUCAAGUUCAACGAGGAGACAGCGAUCACCAUGACCAUUCUGGAGGAGAAGGAGGACAGCGAGAAGGAGCAGGACGACGAGAGCGGCACCGACGUGAGGAACGACGCCGAGAACAAGGACUCCUCGCCGGACCGCAGGAAGACGCCCAGGCGGGUGCACUUCGGCGGCGAGAUAGUCAAGCUGAGGACACCCGACAGCGACGAGACCGAGUCCGUCGAGGCGACGCCUAAGACGAGGAUCCCGGUCCCCGUCUCCCCGGCGACCAAGAUGCCCAAGACGCGCAGGAGACCGUCCUCCCAGCCGUGCAGUCCGCAGCGAGACGCCGGCAAAACGGGCCGGCCAGCUAGGUCCGUCUCCAGCAGCCCCAAACGGGAGGUCUACACGCACAACGCGCAGUUGAGUCCCAAGAAGAGCAUACUCACCAGGACCAGCAGUCCCGUCGUUGUCAGGCCCGUCGAGUCCAAGAAGAAGAAGGAUGCUGCUAACGCUGAGUCAGUCGAAGACGAGAAGAGUCCUGCUAAAGGUGCGGAUAAUGAAAGUCAGAGUGAAAGGAAAGAGAACUCGGUUCAAGGUUCUCAGAGCUCGGGGACUCCGGCGGGUAGCAACUGGGUGAGUCCAGACGAGAAACAGAGGGAACCUUCAGCGCUGGACGGCUCGAAGAACUCUUCGAGGACUAGAGACUCCGAGGACUCCACUCGGCAUAAGAAGGACGCGAAGGAGGAGAAGAAUUAUUGGGAACGGAAGCAUCAGGAUAAAGUCGAGAAUGAUCAGAAGAGGAUUAUUGAAGAUAAAGCUGCGUUUGUGGAGAAUGUACCUAAGGUGGAUCAUCUCUUUGGUUCUCCGGUGGAAGACGACGGAGUGGAGUGUGACCGUGAUGAUGCGAAGGACUCGGGGGUUGAUAGGAAGGAGACGCCGGACGACGCGAAGCUGAAGAAGAACGUUGAGCAUGGUGAACGAUCGACGAAAAGUGAUAAAGCUGCGCCUAGCAACGUGGUUCAUGGUGUUGAUGGGAUGGAGGUCAUCCUGGAAGAGCCAAGUUGGGAGGACUUGGGAUUGGUCGAUCGGGAGGUGCUGGAGGAUUUGCAUAAUAAGGACGACUGGCGAGCUCGUGUCAGGGGCCUAGAACGCGUAGCAUCGGCCUUACGAACGUCUUCUGCGCUGAUCGCGAUAGAACCCCGAUUAGGAUCUCUUUUGCAUACAGUGCUAGGCUGUGAAAGGAGCUGUCGGGUAGCUGCUGCUGGCCUGGCAGUGGCAAAGGUGGUGGUGGCCGGCGUCAGCGAGGAGGCUUUGAAGAAAAGGCUGCCGCAGCUGGCAUGGGGUUUGGCGAGGCAGGGUGGACCGUGCGCCGCUCAGUUGGCCAGGAUCGCGAUGCUCAGACUGAGACCGGCUCUUCUGCUCGAGGAACUCCUGCAGCCGCAGUGUUUGAACGCCAGGAACGCGAGGACCAGAGAAAACACGCUGCAGCUGCUGAUCUUCUCGUUGGUGACGUUCCCCAGCACGGAGUUCAAAGUAGACGCGGUGGCGAAUAAGGUGGCGAGAAUGGUCAGGGAUCGACGACGCAGGGUACGACAGGCAGCUCUCGACACUUUGGCUGUUUUAGCUCAGAUCUAUGAAUCAGAGGAAGUAUUAGCGGCUGGAAAACGAGCGUCGGAAGCGCACCACGACGGGGAGGCAAUGAUGUCUGCUAUUCGGGCACGUCUCGCCCGGAAGUCGUUACCUUUGGUCUCCGCUGAUGGCCUUGUUAUGUAUGGACUGCAAAUCUCGCCCACCGUCCAAAUAGCUACCGGGCCUGACGUGGACUGGAUCGUAGCCGGAAGUGGAUCAGUUUCACCUGCUAUCGGUCGCACCAAAGGUCAAAUUAUAGCAACCAGGUCGGAGAAGGAGAAACUUGCCAGGGGUGAAGACGCGAAAGGCUCUGAAAAUCCAUGGAUUGACAGGCCAAAUCUCGUUGCACUCGGAGUUGGCAUGCGACCCAAGACAGAUCAUCCUGUAGUUUGGCAAAUAGUACCGUCGCAGGAUCAGAACCUUCAGUGCGAGGAUGAAUUGAAUCUGCAACCGAGUCGAGGAGUUAACACUGAGUUUGGAAAUGACGAAGGUGGCGGUUACAACUUGAACUCGAGGAACCGUUCUAGAGUCUCGACCUCGUCGAGGGAAUCCAAGAACUACCGGAACGUCGAAGAAAGUCUCGAUCAGCGGGAAAUUAACAAUAAAGCAGACUCUAGGAUCCCUGUGUUGUUUGCUCGGGACCGAGGAGCGAAGACUGGAUCGGUACAGGAGAAGCCUGCCAACGCAGAAUUGAGCAGCGUUAAUUUGAAAAAGAGGUUGAAAGAUGCCUCGGAGAGUAGUGUCAAUUCACACGAACCGAAUGCUAGAUCUUGCGGAACCAUGUUCAGGAGGAAGAGGAGUCAACGGGAGAGCAGCACCAAUACUAGCUACGACACGUUCUGUUCUAUAAAAAACCUGAACAACGUGAACACAGACAGCAGUAAUCUGUCGGAUACCUCAAGCCAGGAAUACUUGGACGUCACUAGGAGGAUCUAUCGCAAGUACUUGGAGAAAGACAAGACAAACAGGAAGUCGGACAAUGGCUCCAGGUUCAUCCAAUCGAAUUCCUCCGACAGUCAGCAGUCCACGACGCUGAGGAACAUCCAGCAACAAACAUUCGUCAUGCAUGAUAUGUACAACACGAUCAGCAGGAGACAAGGACGGUUCGGGGACGAGAAUUCCUUUCGACCACUUCAAACUGCACCCACACCAUUGUCUCACUCUUACAAUAGGCUAGACUUCAAUCCCAAUGGCGAAGAGAUCAGCGAUAGGAAUAUAUCUCCUCAAGCAAGGUUCUACCGUAGGACGAAGGACGCCACUGCUCAGAAAUUGAACAACGUGGAGUUGAUAUCGUCGGAUGCCCAGACAAGCGACUAUUUCCCCGCGAUACGGACCAACUCUUACAGAAGGAGAUUGCGCUCGUUGUCACCGUCACAGCUGUAUCGUCGGCAACAGUUCUCCAGAAUGGCUCCAAACGAAGUGCACGCUGUGUCCAUGUACAACAUAGACAAAGCGGUGGUGAGCGAGGAGGAGUACAACGAGAAGAACAAGCACUUCCUUCCGCAGGAAAGUUACCGGCCGCAGACGAUAGACACGAUCGAGACGGAAUUCGAAGUAGAAGAUCGAGACCUCUCUUCGUCCGACGCGUUGGAAAACAAUGAACAGGACAACGGUCAGGACAUGGUCGACGCUAGGGAAGACAGCGAGAGCAGGUCUUCGAGUCCUGAAAGACCUAACGUGGACUCGGCGUUCGACAUCAUCGCAAUUCCGUCGAUUCUUCCCAGUCGGGAUGAGGUGGACUUCAUCAUCGCGUUGGACAAGAAAGUGGAAACCGAGCUCGAAACGACGAUCGUCUCCGUCGACGACGACGCCUCUAAGAGCUGGAGCAGCGAGGAGGACGUGAAGUUGAGACACGAGAGCCGCUCGUGCUCGAGGAACUCGGAGAGGUUCGAGUAUCCCGCGGAGAAUCCGAACAUCAGCGAAGGCAGCGUCUCCGACGAGGCUGAAGCAGGAACGGAAGAAAGGACGAGCGCCGGACGACGGUCCGCCGUUUCCGUUUUGUCCGCGGAACGGUUACUGACCAGCGAAAGUCUGCAGUACCCUAACGAUGCUCCACAGUCAGAAGACAUCCAAGAAACGCAGGCGACCACGCCGUCGCGAAGUUCCGGGAGCCCUAAGAAACUCAGCCGCUCGCCUAGUCGCAACUCUAUCGAGCUUGAAGCGUUAAAAUCACCGGGUCGGAGCUCUCGAGCCAGCUCGCGCAAAUUGAGUAUUGACUCCGACAAAAAGGAACCUGCGGAGCUCAGACCGGAGACGCCAGUUUCUUCAUUAGCGAAUUGCGAAGAUGAGCCACCGGUAACAGCGGAACGCAGCGAGUCCCGUGCGGAUUCGAAAUCAGUAGGAUCACCGGCGAUCAUCAUUGCCUCUAGGCCUCAUUCCAGCGAGGCUUCCACUUUCAUAGACAACCGUGUAGAAGACCCCGUGGAAUUAAAUGAGAACGACGGAAGGGAGAGUGCCCAUAGGUUCGUUGAUGAAUCCAAUGGUAGCAACGAGAGCAACGAGAGCAACGAGAGCAACACUGUAGAGGAAGGACAGAGCAGAGAUAGCUCCAGCGAGACGAACACAGAGCCAGGAAUCUUGAAGAUCGAGACUGAGCCCUUGGAACCAGUGUCGCGACCUCGGAGAACCGUAGCGUCCAAAGUUCCUCGCCCUACGAAGAGAUAUAGAAGUACUGGAAGAGGAAACUCAGAGAAAUUGAAGCCAGUGGUGCAAACUUGCUUCACCGACCUUGAGAGCAAAGAAUGGGAGACCGUCAUGAAGGGAUUGAAGACUUUGUCCCACGUCACGAAGAAUCAACCGGAAUACUUGGAUGCUCACGCCACACCAACGAUUAAUCGACUUCUGGGUCAACAGAUAAAGAGCCUUCGGUCACAGGUCGCUCGUACCGCGUGUACAGCAGCAGGCGACGUUUUCUCCUCGCGAAUUCGUGGCAUUGAUCAGGACUUCGAUGACAUAGCUGCGCCCUUGCUGCACAGAACGGCCGACACAAAUCGGUUUCUACGCGCGGAUUGCAACGCAGCCCUUGAUCGGAUGAUCGAGCACUUACCUCCGCAUAAAACAAUUGGUGUGAUAGUUCAGCGUGGCGCUGGUCAUCAGAACGCCAUCGUAAGGGCAGCAACAGCUAGACUACUGACCUCCAUAGUCGAGCGAAUGGGACCAGAACAGACAAUGACAUUGCCAAAGGACGUCAGAGACAAAUUAUUGAUCACCGGCGCAAGAUUAUUGAUCGAUGGUAACCUGGACGCUAGGAAUCACGCCAAGAGAAUGUUCCGACGCCUGAUGCGUUGCGAGGGUUUCAACAAGACUUUAACGGAAGCGGUACCGGAAGUGACGUUGAGACACAUCGACAAGACCAAAAAGACUGUGUCUCGCGAGAAACGGUAUUAAAAGAACGUUGGUUCCGAAUGGAACUUCGACGCCGAAG